UGUAAAUCAAAUUAGAAUUUUGUUUGAAUUAAGCAAUUGUUAUUGAUUUCUGGACAUGAGCACAGUCACAACGUAUUCAGUUGAUUCCAUGUGUCGAGUUUGUUUAGUCCAGCUCGAGUGCUCCACAACAUACGACCUGUUUUUAUUGCCAGAUCUCGCCAAGACUUUCACAGUGUGCACAUCCUUGCUGUUGGAGCCCCAAGAUGGCUACCCGAGGAAUCUCUGCGGCAGCUGCUACGCCCGAUUGAAGGAUCUUGAUGAAUUCCGGCAGUUGUGUGUGGCGUCCGUGCAGCGUUUCAAGCAAAUGUUGGAAAACAAAGUGGUGGAUUUAUUUCCCGUCGUGACCAGCAAUGAGUCGGAGCUGCUGCUGGUUAAGGAUGAGCAGGAACCCAGUACGGAUUAUGAUCCGCUGUUGAGCCACAAAUUGGAGAUUGACAAUGUGGAGGAUGUGUUUAAACUGCUGGAGAAUGUGGACAAGGAGCAGGAAAUCGUUAGGGAUUCAUCUGCCUGCUCCCAGAGUAGUCUCAGUGAGGAUGAUGUGCCGCUGGCGCAACGUCUGCUUGGAACAGUUGAAUCCCCUUCAAGUCCAGCCAAAUCCAAGACGAAACGCCAGCGAAUUCCACGAGCGGAGCGUCAUCUGCAUCGCAUCAUCAGCUGUCAUAUUUGCCAGCAGAAAUUUAAGAAGCAACUCAACUACGAGGAGCACAUGAAGCAUCACAAUGAGCUGUUGCCCUUUCAGUGCCGCAUGGAGAGCUGCCAGAAGGGAUUCACCACAGCGGCUGCACUGCGUCUGCAUGUGGACUAUGCGCACAGCAAGAGCGACGCCGAGAUACCCUGUACUGUCGAGGAUUGCAAGCUGUUGUUUCCACGCAUGCGACUGCUGACAAUACACCUGAAAAAGGUGCAUAAUCUGAGCAGAGCGAGUGCUCCACGCGUGGAGCAAUCCUGCAGAGAGUGUGGCAUGAUCUUUCGCUGUCCCGUAGCAUUAAAGAAGCACAUGUAUAAACACACUGGAGAGGAGCUGCCGUAUCCGUGUAACAUCUGUGGCAAGGGAUUCCACAUCAAUAGCGCCUUGAAGAAUCAUUUGCUGCGUCAUGCGGGGAUUAAGAACUAUGUGUGUCCGUAUUGUGGAGUGGGCAAGACCACCAGGCAGGAAUGGAGCAAACACAUCUUGACGCACACCCAGGAGAAGAUGUUCAAAUGCCAAAACUGUGAACAUGCCACGCACACGAGAAGAGCCUUGGAUAAUCAUGUGAAGAUUGUGCACGAGAAGAUUAGGAACUAUGCGUGUCAGUAUUGUGGCAAGACCUUUGGCAAAUCCCAUGCCUGCAAGAUCCAUGAGAUGACGCACACAGGAGAGAAGCGUUGCGAGUGCAAGGUCUGUGGCAAGAAGUUCCUCUACACGGAGAGUCUUACCAAGCAUCUGAAGAUUCACGAGAAGAGUGUGGAGCGAGCGAUUGAGACAUAUCGCCAGCGACAGAUGGAACUGGGUGAUGCAGGAGAGGAGCAGCCAAGUGGAAAUGUAGAUGACCAGGCGGCGGAUCAACUCUUAAAGGUGUGUGCAGCAUCUGUGGCCACCAUACCCAAGGAUCCGAGACGUGUGGAACGUGUGGACUUGUCGCAACUGGCUGGCACCGUUGUCAAUCCCAUACCCUCUAUCCAACUAACCACAAAUCCAGCAGGAAACUUGGUGCAAAAGGAGGGACUGCAUUUAUGUCCUGGCUGCCAGCAGGGAUUCAACAAUCUGGGCAACAUGAAGCGUCACUACAAGAGCGUCCAUGAGAAGGUCAAGGACUUUGAGUGUCGCUACUGUUCACGUCGCUUUGCCAACUCGCAAUCGCUCAAGCAGCACGAGUGGAUUCACACCGGGGAGAAGCCUUAUGCCUGCAAGAUUUGUGGCACACAUUUCCGCCAGGAGGCGGCUUUAAUACGGCACCAAAAGGUGCACGAAGAGAAGCCACCAAAACCGGAGAAACCGCCCAAACAAAUCACGGAAAAGUAUCGACAAAAACAAGUCCAGAAAUGUGAGAAACGUCGCAAUGUGGAAGCGUUGCGGGAGAAGAUUGCGGAAGCCGCCAAGGAGGAGCUGCAGGAACUGGCCAAGCAGCGGGAACUGGAGAAGCAACAAAAUACCUACGAACAGUAUCAAGCGGCAGCGAAAAGAAUCCCACAGAUCCCAGAGGAAUCCGAGUUAAAAUCUCUGCUCAACUGAGCUAAAAACUUUCAAGUUGAAAGUUCUUAUUGUUGGUUAAUAUUUAACUAAUAGAUAAUUGUUAAAAAAUAUAGUUUUAAUAUUUAUAAAGAGACUUUU